GAAGACCGAAAUGAUGCUGUAGUGGCCGCUUUAUGUAUGUUGAUAACAUAGAGCAUAAUUCUGCACUGUAAUGUGUAGCGUGGGGUUAUCAAAUACCGGGUAGACCUGCAGUUCAUCAACCAGGCAGGUGUCGUGUCUCCGUAGAGGGAAUAUCUGAGCCAUGGCAACUGCACAGUCAGCAGUAACGUUUGCAGUGUGCAUCCUUAUGAUAACAGAGCUGAUACUUGCCAAGAAGGACUACUACGACAUACUGGGAGUGCCCAAAGACGCUACUGAACGACAAAUCAAAAAGGCUUUCCACAAGCUUGCAAUGAAAUAUCACCCAGACAAAAACAGGAGUCCAGAUGCUGAAUUAAAAUUCAGAGAAAUCGCUGAAGCUUAUGAAACUUUAUCAGAUGAAUCCAAAAGAAGACAAUAUGAUCAGUUCGGUGACAACUCUGCCUACUUUUCUGGGGAGUCACAAGGCAAACACAAACAAGGUCCUCAUCAGCCUUUCACCUUCAACUUUGAUGACAUUUUUAAGGAUUUUGACAUCCAAAGCCUCAACAGGCAUGCCCGACACCGGAGACACUUCGAGGAACACUUCAGGUCCCACAAGGAAUCUCACAGCCGUCACAAGAGACACUUUCAAGGAGGUUUUGGAGCAGGUGUCUUUGAGGACUUAUUCGAUGAGGCAGAGAGAAUGUUUACCUUUGAGAGACACACCAAACAGACUGACAACAGAUUUCACGGUGCAUCAAAACAACACUGUAGAACAGUGACACAGCGCAGAGGAAACAUGGUAACCACUUACACAGACUGUACCGCAUCUUGAGAUGGAAUGUAUUCUUAUUUCUAAAAGAAGAUUGCCUUAAGAGGAUACACAGUGAAGUUGAAUUGAUUUUGAAACAGAAAUCAUUUAGGUCAACUGUGAAAUUUGAGUGCUGACAUUAAGAUCAGAAAAUUCAGGCAGCAAACAGUAAAUACUCAGUUUACUUAGCUUAGGUUUACAAUCCAAAUAAGCUAUGUUAUUCUCAAGCUAUUUCCUGUGUUCUUGCUCAUUGACUUGUACAUGAUUGUAGUACUUUUUUAAAGUGGAUGGAAGCUGACAGGGAGUAUUUUGUCAGUAUGUUUCAGCACCUUCUAAGACCGUGGGGUAUAUGAUAUAAUUUAUUAUACCAUAGUUAACACAUGUAGUACCCAUGUGUCAGUUUAUCCCCCCUUCACUAUUUCCAUCUUGUUCUAUUGUGCAGUUUUUAGUUUUUCUAUACGUUUUGUGGUUGUGGUUCUCAAAACAAAGGCAGAGGAUGAAACAAUAGCAGCCAGUGGAAUUUUGCUUGUGGUUGACAAAUGGGGAGUGGUUUAAACAAAAGUGUGUGGCUCUCUUCAUGUUGGCUUGUCCAACUGCUGAUUGUACCACAUUUUUAAAAUCGUUAUGCACUUAAAACAACCAGUUACACCUUUAAACUGACUGUAACAUUGUGGUUAAAUCUCAAACAGAAAAACUAAAGCAUCUAUAAAGCACAAUAUAUACAUUGGAAAGAAGUAAACAAAGAAAUAAAUACUUUCACUCCAAAUUUGUUGAUAGUUAUCUGCAAGAAUUUGAUUUACACAGAUACAAUAGCCUUAUAACCUGGUUUACAAGACUGUCAUUUUAUUCUUGAUUGAGUUAAAUUUAAAUAUGAUAAUGUCCCCACCAUAUCUGAACACAAAAUCAGGCUUUUACAUAAUCUAAAUGCUGGGCUUUGCAUCAGCUUUCAAGUUUUUGAGAUCUCAUCAAUCAAAGCAUCAGAAAGACAUAAAACAUUUGAACGUUGUGUCAAGGAAGCUGCAGAAUUUAUUAAAUAUACAUGAACUUUCUGAGGGUCCAUCCAUCUGUUAAGUAUCAGUGUCACAUUCUAGAGCUGUAAUAACUAAAUUUUCAGCUGUGAGGUAUUGCUGAAUAAACACUGUACAAGUACAUUCAAGACUCUUUGUGACAGGUUGAAGUACACCUGAAUAUACUGUUCUCCAUUUAUCGUCUGUUUACCUCAUACCCUUAAACCAGUUACAUUUAAAUUUCCAUAUUUUGUGUAAUAUUUAUAGUUUGUAUUGUACUUUGUAAAUACUUAACAGCACUUUCAUUUUUGUGUACAAACAUGUGUUUUGACAAAUAAAAAUUG